CAACGACCUCUAGUGAGAAUAUACUAUUUACGAUAUCAUACACGAAAUAAAGAUAGUCGAUAAUAUUUCUUAUUGACGAUCAGCUGUUUUGAAAACGAACAAACAAAUAUUACAUUAAGAAGAAAACUUAAUCGAGUUUUGUAUUGAUAGAUAUUCAAUAUUUUAUAAAUAAAAUGACAACGGCCGCAAGACCUACGUUCGAACCUGCUAGAGGAGGACAAGGACGCGGUGAAAAAGAUUUAAGUGCAAUAUCAAAACAAUACAGCAGCAGAGAUUUACCAUCACACACGAAAUUAAAAUACCGAGAACAUGGACAAGGAACUAUAGAGGAAUUGCGAAAUCGGGAUUUUCGUAAAGAAUUAGAAGAACGUGAACGUGAAAGAGAAAAGGAGAAAAGUUCUAACCGUCGUAUGAUAGAACCACCUCGAGAAACUUCUACAACGAGUGCUAAAAGACAGAAAAUUGACCAAGUACCUACAGCAAGUUUAGAUGCAGAUGAUCCUCUUGACGAUGAUGAUUCAGAGUCGGAAAGCGAUGAAGAUGAUACUGCUGCUUUAUUAGCAGAAUUACAACGUAUUAAAAAAGAAAGGGCUGCGGAACAAGCUAAAAAGGAAAUGGAGAAACGACAGGAGGAGGAAAGAAUAAGAAUGGAAAAUAUUCUUUCUGGAAAUCCUUUACUAAGUUAUUCUUCCCAGAGUGGAAGAACAGAUAUGAAAGUCAGACGAAGAUGGGACGAUGACGUUGUAUUCAAAAAUUGUGCUCGUUCCGAACCAAAAAAGAAACAUGAUGUAUUCAUAAACGAUUCAUUAAGAAGUGAAUUUCAUCGUAAAUUUAUGGAAAAAUAUGUUAAGUGAAUGAACUAUAUAAAAAGUACAUUAUUUGUUUGUAUAUAGUUUUAAGUUAAUAUUACCGUAUGUUAAUAUGUAAGUAUCUCAUGUUAUGCUUACAAAUAGUAUAAGAAAUUAUUCUUAAAACUUUAAAAAUGGAUUACGGAUGGCUACAACUUCAUAAGCAUGUUAUUAAAUUACAUAUUAUUAUAUCCAAUUCUGUGUACACACGUAUAUACGUAUAUGCGUGUUGAUUAACGACACGUUACACACACACAAAAUUUACUAAAUUAAAAUACGAACAAUUAAUAGCCAUCGUACAAUUUGAAUCUAAAAAUAGAAGGCGUCAUCAAAAUUUGCGAUAUUUUAUUUCAUUGAACAAGAUCCAGAAAAUUUUAUUGCCCGCAAUUUUUCUUUUAUGCACGCGUUCGUUUACGUACUCUCGAUCUAUCUCGAGGAGGUCCACUCUAACAAUUUCGCAAAGAAAUCGUUAAAUACUUCAUAUGUAAAAAUAAGCGUAUAAAUAAUUGGAGUGAGAGAGUAGAGGGAGAGGAGCAGGGUGAGCUAGAGUGGGGUAAGGUGAAUCAAGGUAGAAUGUAUUGGUCUGACAGAGAUGGUUGAUUGUGUGAGGGGGGAAAAGGAAGAGAGAGAGAGAAAGAGAGAAAGAG